UGCUCAGCUGCAGCAUGUCCUUUCCAACGAAGAAGUGAAGGCGGAAGUGUAGUUCAUGUCUCUCUAUGGCACUGAUGAAAACUAUUCAACCGACUGAAACCUGAAACGUGGGUGUCGUGAGGCCUACUGGUGUAACCAAAAGGUGACAGUAUGGCUGAGCCGGACCCCCAGAGGAACUUCCGCUCUGCCUAUUACGAGAAAGUGGGCUUCCGAGGAGUUGAGGAAAAGAAGUCAUUGGAGAUACUGCUGAAAGAUAACCCAUUGGACGUGGAGAAGCUGAGUACAUUCAGUCAGAGGUUCCCUCUACCCUCCAUGUACAGAAUACAUGUGUGGAAGGUACUUUUAGGCAUCCUACCGCCACACAGUGAUUCUCACACGCUGGUGGCGGGGUACCGCCGCGAGCAGUACCUUGAUAUCCUGCAGGCGCUGGAGGUGAUGAGGUUCGUCCACUCGGCCACGCCUCCGACGCACGUUUACCUGCGCAUGUUCCAGCUGGAGAGCCGGACGUUGCCACGGCGCUGCGACACCACGGACCCGGACGAGGAGGACGAGGACUUCCUGGCCGUCGGCAGAGCCAUGGAGGAGAUCGCCGACGACCCCGUGGACUGCUAUUGGCUGAUCAAGUGCUUCGUCAAUCAGUUCAACAACAAGUUCGGAGACUCCAUCCCCCACUUGCCCAAGAGCCUGGAGCACUACCUCAGCCAGGAGGAGUCCAGGCUGCUGAACCACCUGAAGAACAUAGGAGCCCUGAAGCAGCUUCCUUACAACCUGUGGUUCCGGCGCUGCUUCGCUGGCUGUCUGCCCGAAUCCAGCCUGCAAAGGGUGUGGGACAAGGUGAUCAGUGGCUCCUGCAAGAUCCUGGUGUUUGUUGCCGUGGAGAUUCUGCUCAGCUACAAGAUCAUGCUGAUGGGCAUGAAUCGACCGGAGGGCGUGGUCAGCUUCCUGUGCAAAAUACCCCAGGAGAACACAGACGCUAUUGUGACCAAGGCCAUCGACCUGUGGCACAAGUACUGCGGCACGCCCAUGCACUCUGUGUAGCACCGUGCGGCCCCCAGACCCAACGCUCCCCACGUGUCCCUCCCCGGAGAUCCCGGUCCGGGACACGCGCGGGCACCUCUUUGCUUCGGUGGACAGGACGUCCAUGACGUCUUGAUGUGGUUCAAAAUGGCCGCUUACAGCGCUGCUUUAAUUCGACGCCUGUUCUGUGUUUCAGGCUAGAAUGUUUCUUUUUGUGUGUGGGUUGUUUAUGGACUCACUGUUCCAGUGACCGAUGGAUUACAUGGAUUGUACAGUAUGUUUGUAAUGGUAAUACUUCUUCAGUGUCUAACAAGAGACACUCCUAAAGGACCGUGAGCUGAUAAAUAUCUGUUUUCAGCGUCACCAUUCAAUUGAAGAUAUCUCUGAACAUGGUGGCCCGCCAUACAUUUGUUUAUUUAAUAAUAAAAUGUUAAAUUAAUAAUAGAAAGAAAAAAAAGAACUCGUACUGCUGC